AUGCAGAAUGCGCCAGGUGCAUAUCAUCCACAAAUGUGUACAUAUGAUGAAGAAGAAGUAUCUGGUUUAUUGGAAUACGCUCGUCUCCGUGGAGUCCGGAUCAUUCCAGAAUUUGAUACUCCAGCGCAUACAUUGUCAUGGGGAAAAGCAUACCCAGACUUACUAACAAAAUGUUAUCAAGACUCUAAGCCAAAUGGACAGUUGGGUCCAAUGAAUCUAGCCAAUGAUUCUACAUUUGAUUUUCUGAAGAAUCUGUUUACAGAAGUCACCAGCCGAUUUCAUGAUAACUAUAUUCAUCUUGGAGGUAAUGGGAUAGAUGUCACCUGUUGGAUUUCGAAUCCAGAAAUAGUUGAAUUCAUGCAAAAAAUGGGAUUCUCUGGUAAUUCUUCCCAGCUAGUAAAUUAUUACGCAUCGAAAGUAGUCAAAAUUGUCAAAAGUGUUGCUGACCGAAAUCCUUCGAUUACACCUAUUUUAUAUCGAGACGUUUUAGAUCACGGAUAUCAGGGUGAUGAGAACACAGUCAUUCAUGUUUGGGAAAGCAUCGCUUGGAAAGGAUUUACCAAAGAGGCUACCGGAAAAAAAUUCAACGUCAUAGUUACUGGUGAUUGGAAUUUAAAUAAUCUACAUAACGAAUAUGAAUGGACAAAAUACUACGAACAAGAUAUCAGAGAAUUUGGAGGCACAGAUGAGGAGGCAUCAUUAGUCAUUGGUGGUGAAGCUACACUGUGGGGCACAAGUGUGGAUGAGACCAAUGCGAUCACUCUAGCAUGGCCCAGAGGUGCUGCUGUAGCUGAAAGAUUAUGGUCGCAAGAUCGGGAUACGAUUGAAGAAUUCUCACAACGAAUUGGUGAACUUCGAUGCAGAAUGCUCUACACAAGCACAGAUAUUAGAAAAUUUAUCCAGCCGCGUUUAUUUGAAUGUUGCAUGUUGGGAAAGAUCACUACUCUUGAAGAACAGUUGUCUGCUCAUCUGUCAAAGUGUACACCUUCUUCACCGUGUACACAACGAUCUAUAGGCUGUCAGAUAUCGCCAAAAUCGAAACCUUCAGUUACUCUGUCAUCAAGUCGAAAGCAUUCAGUCACUUUAUCGCCUGACAUGAAUGAUGUCUCUUCUUCUUCUUCUUCAAGAAGUAGUGUCAGCAAAUCCUUUAAUGGCACAAUACAAUGUCUUCAAACAGCGUCCAAUUCAGUGGACAAGGAUACACCAAAAAUUUCUAACAAAAUGGAGAUUAAUAAAUGUCAGGCUGUCAACUCGCUUUCCUCUCAAAGGUAA